AUGUCUCGUUACUCCAAAGCGGCUCUCCGCGCGCUGGCGGCCAGAGCCACCACGUCUUCCCUGGCGGAUGUUUGCACAGUCGAGAACGUCCAAAACGCCCUGCCCUCCAAUGGCACUCUUCUCGGGAUCGACCUUCUUCCAUCGACCGUCACGGCCAGCCCGGUUUACAACGCCACCACUGGCGGAGGCAUGAUGGGCGGCAGCAGCUCCGGCACGACUUACACCUACUGCAACGUCACGGUCCACUACACCCACACCGGCAAGGGUGACACGGUCGUUGUCAAGUACGCGCUUCCGAGCCCCACUGACUUCAAGAGCCGAUUUUACGUCGCCGGCGGGGGCGGUUUCUCUCUAUCCAGCGAUGCCACCGGCGGCCUGUCGUACGGCGCCGCCGGGGGUGCCUCCGACGCCGGCUACGACGCCUUCAGCAACAGCUACGACGAGGUUGUCCUCUACGGCAACGGCUCCAUCAACUGGGACGCCACCCACAUGUUCGGCUACCAGGCCCUGGGCGAGAUGACCCAGGUCGGCAAGGCCCUCACCAAGGGCUUCUACAGCAUGGGCGCCGACGACAAGGUCUACACCUACUACGAGGGCUGCUCCGACGGUGGCCGCGAGGGCAUGAGCCAGGUCCAGCGCUGGGGCGAGGAGUACGACGGCGUCAUCGCGGGCGCUCCCGCUUUCCGCUUCGCCCAGCAGCAGGUCCUCCACGUUUACUCGUCCGCCGUCGAGCAUACCCAGGACUACUACCCGCCCCCCUGCGAGCUGGCCAAGAUCGUCAACGCCACCAUCGCCGCCUGCGACGGGCUCGACGGGCGAACCGACGGCGUCGUCUCCCGCACCGAUCUCUGCAAGCUCCAGUUCGACCUGAAGUCCGUUGUUGGCGAGCCCUACUACUGCGCCGAGAAGAACAGCACCUCGCUCGGUUUCGGGUUCAACAAGAGACAGGCCCAGGGCAGCACGACCAGCUACCAGCCCGCCCAGAACGGCACCGUCUCCGAGCAGGGAGUCGCCGUCGCCCAGGCCAUCUACGACGGCGUCUUCAACUCCGAGGGCCAGCGCGCCUACCUGUCGUGGCAGAUCGGCUCCGAGCUCGGGGACGCUUCCACGACGUACAACUCCGAGACGGAUGCCUGGGAGCUGAGCAUCCCCUCGACCGGCGGCGAGUACGUCACCAAGUUCGUCCAGCUCCUCGACCUCGACAACCUGUCGGACCUGAACAACGUCACCUACGACACGCUCGUCGACUGGAUGAACAUCGGCAUGAUCCGCUACACGGACACCCUCCAGACCACGCUGCCGGACCUGACCCCCUUCCAGGCCUCGGGCGGCAAGCUCCUCCACUACCACGGCGAGUCGGACUCCAGCAUCCCCGCCGCGUCCUCCGUCCACUACUGGCAGUCCGUCCGCUCCGUCAUGUACCCCAACGCGUCCGACGCGGAGGCCCUCGAGUCCCUCGCGGACUGGUACCAGUUCUACCUGGUCCCCGGCGCCGGCCACUGCGGCACCAACAGCCUCCAGCCGGGCCCGUACCCGCUGAGCAACAUGGCCACCAUGAUCGACUGGGUCGAGGGCGGCAACAAGCCCAGCCGGCUCAACGCCACCGUCUCCUCCUCCACCAACGUCAAUGCCGGCGAGACGCAGAUGCUCUGCCAGUGGCCCACGCGUCCCCUCUGGCGCGGCAACAGCUCCGACUUUGACUGCGUCAACGACGAGAAGUCGAUCGACAGCUGGACCUACACCUUCCCUGCCUUCAAGAUCCCCGUUUACUAG